CGUGGAUAUCUCGUCAACAAAUGUCACACAACUCGGAUUUAAGACGUUUGCGGUUUGAUGCGAUCUCAGCCCAACACACCACUUUACUGCGCCUACGAUAAAUGUCGGCUACGGAGCAAUGUCCUACGACAGGACACUUGGGCGAGAAUGGAUUGUAAGAAAAACAAGACAUUGGAUGCAACCUUUCAUGAACUCAAUUCACAUUGUUUAGCAACCCUGAUUUCGAUUUAAAACAAUUGGUUUUGAAUCCGAGGUAAGCAUCAUACACGAAAUAGGAAAAAAGACAGGAUCGGUUCCAUUGGCAACUGACCGUCUGAAUUAGUUCCACCAUGCAUGUGUGGGGUUGGCUAUCUUCGGGAUUUCUCGUUCUUGUCACCAUCACGCUUGCGGCGCACACGAUCUCUGAACAUCUUCAUCACUACUGCCACAGCGACAUUCAGCGUCACAAAGUACGGGUGCUGGCUUACCCGCCAGUGUACGCUAUUAUGGCAUGGUUGUCGUACCUACGAUACGAUUAUGAAACGGUGAUCAUGUUUUUUGCCAGUUUAUUCGAAUCGUUUGCCGUCUACAACCUUUAUGUCUGCUUGCAAGCUUAUUUGCAGUCAUACCGCGAUAAAUACCAAGGACAGAAAAUCCCAGUCUCUACCAAAGUGUUUGGUAUUUACCGAUUCAAGCUAAAGUCCAAGUUUGGCCUUCACUUUCGCGUGAUCACGGAUAUUCUUGUCGUCCAAUUUCCGAUCUGGAACAUAUUGUCAGCCAUUAUUUCGAUUGCCGCUCAAAUCAAUGGCAUUUAUUGCGACGGCCAGUUCACAUUCAAGGGAGCUUAUCUGUAUUUGGCCGCCCUGGAUUUCAUUUCUUUAUCAAUCAUCUUGAUGGCCUUGUUUACCUAUCUUUCGGUAUUCGAUGAUGAGUGGAAAGACGGACGAAUUCGAGCUCAUGGGAUGUUUUGGUGUGUAAAGGGCCCCAUCAUGGUGAUCUUUUAUUUCGGGGACGUGCUGUUGUCGGUAUUAUCCUAUUUUGAUGUGAUCCAAGAUAAGCUGCCGUCUCACGGUGGUGGCACUUACUGGCCUGCGGCAGCGAUCAAAAACGGCUACUAUGUUCUAAUGAUCUGUGCUACGAUGGUCAUUGUGGCCAUUUUGAUGCAACGGUAUUUUGGGCUCGAUGACAGUGAUAUACUGGUGGAGAAACCGACGCAUUCAUACAUGGCUGCCUUUGUGGAUGGCUAUCUGGCUUUCAUCCCUCAGUUUCUCUUGAGUGUGUUUGUAUGCGGCGGAGACACGGUAGUUCUGGCCAAGAAACGUAUGCGUUUAAGGAAGCAACGCAGACUAAGUGAAGACGAACAUAAAUUGCUCACACCAGAGGAUGUGGAUCCUGAGCCAAUCUCAGACAUGCCUGAAAACUAUGCGAAAAUUCUGAGCCGAUCCGAGCCUGCCUACAGCAACAAGCUGUACGCUGAUUACGAUGAACCACCCAUACGAUCUCGACACUUUAAUGCUCUACCUCUUGAACCGCUUGGAUCGUUACCCAGCCUUCCUUCCGAAAAUUUGCCGGCACCACUGUCACCCAAAUCACCGCCAGUACGAGCAAGUUCGCUACCACCCGACACAUCCAACGCUUCUUUGUCCAUUCCAGCUCUUCCGCCUCCACCCGCACCAAUGCAAUCACGCACAUUAUCGCACAAUGAUGACUUUACCGCUGCAGCUACCAGUCAUUCCACCCAUUUCAAUCCUCACACAUCGAAUCAUUAAAUCCAGUCCGCUCUAUAUAUUGUAUUCUAUUUGCAUCAUGUUUAUGCUUGGUCAUGCAUGUUGCACUGUAUAAUAAAUAACCUAGUUUUUCC